AUGGCAAUCCUUACCCUCAGCAACACUUCCGCCAAAAUGAUUAAGUGUGAGUCGUUUUUGCUCACUUUUUUCCUUUUAUUCAUAGUCAAGGGAGGAGAUAGUUUAAGCCGCGAAAAGCGGACUUUGAUUUGGCCACAGGGCGGUAGCAAACUCCUGGCUAUUUUCGGCGUCGGAAUUCCAGUCGAUUUAAAACCAGAAACAGUCAUCGUAGGAAUGGUAAUCAAAGCCAACUAUAGAUACCCCACAAACGUCACCGAACUUCGCCAACCUUUUGUUACUUUUCAACGAAAAAAACGAGGAGCAAGUCGCUGGGAUUUAUACGCAUUGUUGACACAAGCAUUAGAAAUGCGAGGGUUUGGAGGGAAAUCGUGUCUUUUGCGAACUAUCUGUGAAGUUGCGAGAACUCCUUUAGAGAAAAACUUUGGACUUUUCGCCGAACUCAUUCAUACAUUUUUCACCCCGACAACUACCAACGAAGGAGUCACUCACCAUAGAGACAAUGAGUAUUAUGCCGCCCAGGUUUUGGGCCAGAAGGGCCACAAUUGCGAGCAAAUUUUCAAAGAGUGCAACAUGAAUUUAAUUGACCUGUUUACUGUACCUGAAUUUUUCAAUUAA